AUGGCGGGUGAGGUUAUGCGAUCCUAAUCCAAGUAUUUACUUCUGCAGCCGAGAACGUCGUUUCUUUCCGAAACAUUAAUGUAGAGAAUAUGUCGAAGUCGCGUAGAGGAAAAAGUGCAUCGGCUAACGAACUAAGUAGAUGGGAAACAGAACUGAUUCAAGCACCUUUCAGUGAGGUGAGAACAAUUUAAGUACAGCAAAGUUAAAUUUGGAUUAUCAUAGCAAUCUCUUGGCUUUUGUAGUCAUCUCCGUCUUUCCCUACUAUUGACAACGCUUUCAAGAAUUUAUUUGUUUUUUCCUUUAUAACGAGUCUAUCGUUGAAUUUUGCUUCAGGAAACUUGGAGUUCUUGUGUGUUCUUUGUUGUACCAAAUAAGGCUGAUGAUAAUGUCUUCAUUGAAACUAUGUCCGAAGUUGUCGCGACAGGAGUGAGGAAGUUGUUCAGCAUAAUAACAUAUGAAGGUCUUAUAAAGGACGUAAGUUCAUUUUCAUGUUUAGUAUAGACAACUCCACCUAGAAGUUUAGAUUUGGUAUGGACUACAAGCCUCACUGGUUUGACUCGUAAUGAUUCUGUUGAUGGGCAGAUAUGAUAGUCCACCUUACAUUAUGAAAAAAGGGGGUAAUUAUAAGUUUCGAAAGAAACUGUGGUGCUGCGUCGGUGGGAGAGUAUAACAGGUAAUUUAGUGUUAUUUAUAACUGAGUUGUAAACGUAAAUUGGCUACCGUUAAGAGUUUAAAGCCUUUAAACUCUUUACGUUGGCCAAUUUACGUUUUCAACUCAGUUGUUAACACUAAAUCACCUGACAUUAUGUCUCGUGUUGUUUACUAAGGUAAAAGAAUUUGGAAAAGGGCCUGUUACAGGAGGUAAGGGAAAGGGUGCAGCUUCAGCUAAACCACCUCAGUUCCAUGAAGUAUGUGAGCAAGUGAAACCAUUGGUUGAUCAAGGUGAAGUUAUACCUCCUACACUGAUGGCUAAACUCCUCAAGUUCAAGUUGUUACAAAUCAAGCAGAAAGACUUGGAGAGGAGAGAGGAGGAAAAAAAGGUACCUCAUUCUCUCUGCAUAUUGAUACUAGAACCCCAAAGAGCAUCAAUUCUUUGGCUAUGAUAGUGACAACUCUCCAUCUUUACUUUUUUUGCUCUUACAAUUUAAGGCUGCAAAGGCUGCUGAAGCUGCCAAGAAGGACGAAAAAGGAAAAAAGUCUGGAAGAAGCCCUUCUGCUGGUAAGCGAUCAAAAUCACCAGGAAAAAAGAAGGGUAAAAAAGAGGCAGACAUACCUCCAUCACCGAAAAAGGAUACAAAACUGAAGAGGAGAGGAGAUGUGGAAGAUACUUUUAAGACUAUUGGUAAGCUACACAUUUAUAGCGGAACUUGCAGAGCGUAGCCUCAUAAUUAUACAAAAUAGUAGUAACCCAUCAAGCAGAAAAAAUUUGGAUGUACAACCGUACAAGGUGCUACUUUUGACAUGCGUGGUCAACUGUACCACGGGCAUGCCAAUGCCAUGGCUUUGUUCAGUAGUCCAGUGGUCAGUGCACUGGGCUCCGAGUCGGACAACCUGGGUUCUAGUCCUGGCCGGGACAAGUUGUGUGGGAAAAAAAAAGUGCAAGCUCCGUUUUUAGGCUUGGCUAAAUCUAUAUAUUAUUAAUGCACUAAUUAGUUUUAAGAAAUAUGAAAAAAGUAUAAUUAAAGGAGUGAAGGAAUAAACAUGGUUUUUGAAUAACACCCUUAAAGCAUGUAACACCCUGUUGUUUUCAUUUGUUUCUCCCAUUAAGAAUAGCACUUUUGUCCUCAGAUGCAUGAAGUUAAUGACAAGGUGGUAUUAAAAGAUAGUGAAACUUUAUGCUUUAUUAUGCAUAAAGAAAUACAUUGUCAACAGUAGUGUUUCUGUUUUCAUUUUAGUGUUAAUUUUCUUGUAGAUGAUGAGCCUGAUGAUGAGGGAAGCCCUCAUCACUAUGUAUUAAUCCAAGGUAUCCUCACAGCUUCAGUUAUUUCCAAUUUGAUUGAAGUAGGUGUCAAUGUUGAUGCACUCAUCUGCCUCAAAGCAGAGAAUUAUGAUAGUCUCACACCCACCACACACCAAAAGGAUGAGAACACAGCUGCCAAGGUGAGUUAACAACUGAACAGUAAAUAUUUACCUACACCACUUUGCAUUAGCAGGCAAGCUCUUAAGGUCUUUCAUUUGAUUAAAGAAUUAGGAAAUUCUACAAUGUUAAAGCAAUCCUUCAUUUAUUAUUUUAAGUUUGCCAAAUAUGCAUUGAUAUUUGUUGCUAUGAGGGUUAUUUUAAAAAUCAGAUUUAAAAUGCUGUGAACUGUAUUGUUUGAGCCAUAUUUAGAUAUUACCCACAUUUCAAGUAUUAUUUCAUAUAUUCAUGUACUCCUUUUAAUAUAAAUUUUUUUCUUAAAAAAAUCAAAUUGAGAAUCUGCUUGCUAAUUGUAAGUAGCUUUGGCUUUCCUUCUCAGUAUUCCCCUUUGUGUUAGCUCCGUUAAUUUAACCUACGCCCUUUGUCAAAUUUUGUUGCAACAUUAUGCUCCCCUCUCGUUGUUAAAUAUUUUUUUCUUUUAUCUACAGCCCAAUUUUCUCCUUAAUAACCUUGACAAGUAGGAAAGGGGGAAGUUUUUCAGCAACUCUGUAAAGGAUUGUAAUUGGGCUCUAAUUUUUAAAUCUAAAUCAAAAUUGUUUCAAACCUGAAACAUACUGUUAGGGUAACUUUAAUGCAGAACUCUCUGGUAAAUUUUAGGAAGAUGAUGUGGAGUUGUUGGAGAGGGAAUUAGUCAUGUCAGAGGAGGUUGCUCAAAGGCUGGAACAAGAGGCUUUGAUCAAAGCAUUUUGGGCUGAAUCACAAAACAUUGUAAAGAAAGCUGCCUCUGGUCACAAGCUCAAAGACGUAGCCAAAUAUGAAGUUAGAAUUAAAGACAGCAUCAUACCAAAAAGGAAUCUUCAGGAAUUAGAGGCAGAGAAAAAGGCAAUUGAUUGUAGACUGUUGAAUUAAUUAAUAUUGUGGAAUAAAUGUGAGAAUAAGUUUUUUCUUUUAAUUCACUGUGUAUCUUUUUCUUAUUUAAAAGCAAUUAUUUUAAAUUGUUUGUCUUUUCUUGUUUAAAUUGUAUCUUUUGGAAAAAAUUUUGUUUAAGUUGAGUUUCACUGUUGACUCAAUGUAAUAUAUAUUGUUUUUCUUAAUUCAUAAUUUGUGUUUAAAUUACACAGUAAAGUAAUUGUUCUUGAACUGAUAGAAGUAUUACCAGUACAUUACAACAUAGUUCAACAGAGAUUUAUUGUUUGAAAAUCUUCACAUCAGGCUGAAUUUGGAACAGCAAUAUUUGAGGGUGUAGCUGAUGCGUGCUACAACAUGUUGGAUCAUUGGGAGCAGUACAAACAUUACCUUAACUUGAUGAAGUUGAUUCAUGUUCCUGUACAUUUGAAAGCUUCAGCAAGUGCUUUAGUCAUUCCACCUGCUGCUGACCCCCUAGGGUCACAAUCUACUACAGCUAAUCAGGGUAAGGACUUCUUUCAAAUUUUCUGUUUGAUGGUUUUCUUUACAUUUUGAUAGCGUGGAAAAACUGUAUCUUAGCUUGUUAACUAUUUGAUGCUGUAGAGUUUUUAAGCCUUUAUUACAUAAAAAUUAAAUUGCCUUUUGUGUACUUGAGAAAUUGUUUCAUUAAAGUUUUUCAUUUAUUGGCUUAGGAAGGGUAAAUUCUUGCCAACUUCUUGUAAAAGCUUUUAUGUAUCUCAUGAAAGGGUUCCUUACAACCUUAACAAAAAAAAGGAAUGAAUUUUGAGUUUUCUUGGUGACAAAAUCCUUUCUUAUCAUCACAAAACCUCUGUUUGAAUAAUUUUAGUAGAGUAGGGCCUGAACUGGAUGGAUUUUUUGACUAAAUUACAAUAACGUCUCUCUCAUUUUUAAUUCCAUCAGAGUGGAAGAUACCUUCUUACAUUUCUGGUGAAGAAAAUUGACUGAAUGUGUUUAAAGAACAUGGUCAAAAAUCUGUGAAAUUGAAAAGCUCCAAGAUUUCUUUUUUCAUCAAAAGGAGCCUUAAUUUUUUCAUGUGGCUGUCACAUUGUUUUCCCUUUUUAAGAUUCUGUUACUAUUUGUGUGUUUUUGUUUUAGAUGGUGGCAGUGCCUCAGUUGUGAUAGCAGAUGCCGACAAACGCUUCUAUGAUCACCUGAUUAGCAGUGUACCACCUGAGAGCCACAGUGUUCCUCUUAUUCUUCACUGCUUGUUGGAGCAGGUUAGGGUUAGAUUUACUGUAGCAAUUACACUUGCUGAGAAUAUAUGAAGAGCUGCUGAGCCAAACUCCAUGCAGGUGCACAAUAUAAUUGAUAUUGAGUAUUCAUCCAUACAAAUGCAUAACUUUGUGCAAUGGGAUUCAUUGAACAGUUGGCAAUUAAUUCUAAUCUCUACCUCUAGCUGUAAUAACCUUUUAACUCCCAAUAUCUCAUUCCUAAUUCUCCUCACUGUCUGCCAUAAGUUCUUGUCAUGUUAGUUUGGAGAAUUUGGUAUUGGAUCAACUUAUAAUCCCCUAAUUGAUAUUUUUCUUUGUUCUGAUCACUUGUCUGCUUGAUAUUGUUUUGAUAUUAUAAGGAGAAAUUCUGUCUUGGUCACUCAAGGUAGUUAAAGGGAUAAGUUUGCAAACACUUGUAGAAAGUUGUGCAGCAUUACUGCUGGCAAAGUGUCAUAGCUAAACAAAUUCAUGAUGCCUGCUCAGUGGACUGUGCUGGUCAUUUACUGGCAGAAACAGAAAAAAUAAUUAAAUUGGGAUGAGAGAAUUACAUGCUUAGAGCAUGCCAGUUGAAAUAAAAUGGGCAAUUGAUUUACAAAAAUCCUGUGCAAUAUCCAGAUAUGAUUGGUUUUCUCACUAGUAUUACAUAAAAAUGAAAUGGUGAAAAGAAUGUGAUACUAUUAAUAAGUAAGUGAGUGAUUAAAUAGUUUAUGAAUUUCCUUCUUCCAAAAUUAAUGCAAGCCAAAAACAAUUUGUUCCCUGAAUCAACAACAAAAUAUAAAUACCAAUCUAAAAAAUUGUUUGUGUUGCAAUUUUCUCUGUUGGUCAUUGAACUGACAUUUUCAGUAGGGGUAUCAUGUCUAUUGAUACAGAUGAAUCAUAAAAAAAUGAGAUUCACAUUGGCUCCUCUCCAAAUGAAAAAUAUUUCAUGAUAAUGUCUGAGGAUAUGUUCUUUAUUAGAUUAUUUGUUAUAAAGAACAUCAUCAAUGUCAGGGUGUUAUAUGUACAUGUAUCUAAUCAGGUUGUUGCAACAGUUGAUGAAACAAAUCCACUGGAUCAGGUUGUUCCACCAAGACAAGAUGGUCUCAGCCACGACCUGGCGGCAUAUAUUUCUUGUAAAACAUCUAAAUUAGCACUGCCAAAUGAUGGCAAACAGGUAAGGUCUUUGAAGUUUUAAGCCUUUUGCCUGCAUGUUGUGAAAUGUUAUUGUCUAAUGUGUAAUUGAAACUGCCUUCAGAGCUCAGUAUUAGCCAGAUAAAUCAGAUGUUCAACAAAAAACACAAAAUGGUACUAUUUGCUAGCAUCAAAACCUCUAUUUUGUGCUACACCAGUAAAAAAGUUUCUUUUAGUCAAUACACUGACAAAAUGCCCCUACCAAAACAUAAUUUUAGUUGGCUAUCACCUUACAACACUAAGUAAUCAAUCAUGAAUUUCUCAAAGGCCCAGCUACUUGUUUGUUGGUUUAGUUCAUGAAUGUGAUGUUCUGAAUCUUUAAAUUGUCCUCUUUGUAUUUUCAAACACACAGUUCAGGUGUCUUCCUGCAUAUCCUGCUUGGGGUUAUUUGUAGAUACAAAACACAAAACUUUUAUUGCUAGAAACUGUGUAUUUGUAUGUGUAUUAUUAUAUAUAUUUGUAUAUGCAUGUAUGUAUGUAUGUGUGUGUGUAUGUAUAUAUAUAUAAAUGAAUGAAUGUGGGGGUAGAGUCUACCUUGGCAUAAAGUGCUCAAUGCUGUGGUAGCAGAGCUAAGUAUAUAUAAGUUAAAGAAUUAAAGAUGACGCAUCGAUUCUUUGUGACUCUGAGUUUCAUGCCUAAGCGCUCGUCUAAGUCUCGUCUUGGCUAAGUUCUGUCUGACGAGCGCUUAGGUGCAAAACUCAGAGUCACAGAGAGUCAAUGCGUCCUCUUUAUAUAUAUAUAUAUAUAUAUAUAUAUAUAUAUAUAUAUAUAUAUAUAUAUAUAUAUUAUAUUAUCUGGACUUUGAUAGACCCAGUUUGUUUCUUUAUUACUCUAGGCUAUUACUGAGCCUAUAGACACUACCAGACCUCAAAAACUUCAUGAAUCCCCGGUAAUCCUUCAGUAUGGUGAUGGAAUGACAUCCCGCCUACAUGAUCUUGUGCCAGCCAAUGGUCUUGACCCACAAGAAGCAGAAAGGUGCGUACUUGAUCUCUUUCCUCAAACCUGCCUCAAAGAACUGCCACAACUAGAUGGUCAAGACCUUGUGGAGCGUGAAGCAAGAGCUAGUGAGCUGUAUCAUUUUUGUAAGUCCAGGAUGAGUUCCUCUGACUCUCUGGAGCGCAUACUGAAGCAAUUUGCUUUUGAAGGAAUGCUCUUGAAGGUUGCAGAUCACAAUGGAGAUGUUGUGGAUCUUGAGGAGGUAGAUGAAUCAUUCAAGUUUUAUUCAAACCUGUGGGACCACCCUUACAGCAAGCUUAGUGAGUUCCAUGCCUUAAGAUUCCCUAAUGAGGACUUAGAGAUAAAGAAACUUGCCAACGAUGCUUUCCUACUGACAUCUUUUCGUAAUCUUGACGAGUGGUGUUUUGUGGAACAUUUUGAUCCAAAAACCAUGAUACAGGUAAGUGUUGGAUAUGAUCAAUACUAUAUAAUUCUUGCGUAAGUUGUGUUCAAUAAUAUUAGGGUAGCUUUACGCUGUAAACCUUGGCUUCUCUUAGGCUCAUUCCUUUGUUCACAGGCUGUUAUGUAAUUCUGCUAGGGUAGCUUUACACUAUAAACCUUGGCUUCUCCUAAGCUCAUUUCUUUGUUCACAGGCUGUUAUGUAAUUCUGCUAUUUUAGCUUUACAGUGUAAACCUUAGCUUCUCUUAAGCUCAUUUCUUUGUUCAUAGGCUGUUAUGUGAUUAUUGUAGAGCAAGGAUCAUGGUUUGUAAGCAUGAUGAUGGAAAAGUAAAGUGGUCGAAAUUUUGUUGUUAUCUAAGUGUAGAAGCUCAGUUUUAACAAAAAUGCAGAAAUAAAAACGUAAAAUAGGACAAGUAACAACUACCAGUCAUAUUUCAAUAAAUAUGAGCGGUAGUUAUAAUGAGGAUUCUUACAAUACCUCAAGGAGUCCUUUUCACUACAGACUAAACCCCAUUGGUACUGUGGUUGUGUGUGUGUGUGUGAGAAUUUACACCUGUUACCUCUUGUAUCUCAGGUGUUGGAAGCUGAACGCCUUGCUUAUCCAUACAUGGACACUUACUAUCACAAGCGUGACCACACACUAUUACUUGCGUUACACAAUCCCGUGGGAGCCAGCUGUGACAGUAGAAGCAAGUUAUCCUGGAGCACUAAGCUCCACUCUAAUGUGGGCUUCAAAAACUACCUCGAACAUGUGGUCAGUUCUAUUGGGGACUGGAUUCAAGAACAGGUAAAUAUACGAUAACUAAAUAAAAUAUUUUUGUUUUCAUGGUAUGGUAAUGUGAGGCAAAGUUUGUAGACAUCAUAUUCUGCACAGUGCCUAUGCUCACAAGGUAGUGUUUGGCAUUUUGGUCAAAUUCAAGGCAAAAACCGUUGACAGAAGUGACUGUGUUAUUGCUUUACUUGGUGUUAUUGUGAGUUACCCGAGACAUGAUCUUUGUUUCCAUAACUUAAAAGUGUCUCUGAAUUUUGAACGUGUCCUUUAGUAGCAUGUCGUAAUGAUGUGGGAUAUUGAUCAAAUGAAGCCUUUAAGUGCUACUGUGGUUCUUUCUUUAUUCACUCCGAGCUUUCGCCGUUCUACGGCAUCAUCCCUGAACUGAAAGAACCACAGUAGCACUUAAAGGCUUCAUUUGAUCAAUAUCCCACAUGUCUCUGAAUUUAGGAAUCCUUCAAGAAAAAAAAUGUUAAAUGCGUCAAAAAAAUUAGAAAAGGGGAAAAAAAAUAAAAAUGUUGUAGAGAUGUUCUUGGUUUUAUUUUUUAAUGAACCGCAAUAAAAAAAAUAUUCCAUAAACAACACAACAGGAAAGAAUUCGAGAAGAAGCAGCCAGAACACCUACUCCUCCCCCACCGGCUCCAGAACAACCGAGCGUUCCCCUGAAGAUUGGCAGUCGGUAUGGUCUAAUGACCCGACAGGAAGUGGCUCUCAUAAAGGCAGAAGAAGAGGAGAAAAACAAAAAGAAAGGAAAAAAGAGCGCGCGGGGGUCCCGAAGUCCAAAGAGAAGUGCAAAGACUCGCGAGAAGAGUGCUUCGCCCGAGAAGAAGGACGACAAAGGUUAACCGUCUUACGAACAUUUUAAAACUGUUUCAUACAAACACUUCUAUUCACUCCAAGCUGCAAGUAGUUUUGUUUGGUUGCUAAGAUGAAUUAGACUUAAACUGUGAGUAUAAAGCAAAGAUAAAAACAAACAGCCAGUGGGGCAGUUCUUAAAGGUGUAGUGUUAAAACAAAAUACACUCUUUAAUGUAACCGCAGCUCACCGAGGUGCGUGCAGCGUUGACUCCGAAAGAAGAAAGCCAGUUUUUUUCCAGUUUAUAAACCAAGGGAUAUUCGAGUGUUGUUGUUCUAAGCGUUACAUUUUAUAACUGCUUGUUUGCGUCUGGGUUUACUCGCAGAUAAGAAGAGAGAUGGGUCAGCGUCUAGUCGGCAGAAAUCGGCGACGGGUCGAAGUCCUUCCGCAAAAGGCUCUCGUUCUAUCAAAAGCGCCACAAGCAAAAGAGGGCUCCAAAGCCGGUCACGCUCAGGGGAUUUGGAGGAGCCUGAGAUACAACCCGUGGAUGAACCUGUCGAGAAAUCUUAUAGUUUCAUUGGUUAUGACACAGGAGAUAGUUUGAUUCACGUGUCCGGGUCUUUAAUGACAGUUUUCCCGGCUGACGGUGGUCAAAUACAGGUUAACAAGAGCCAGUAUGUCCAGGGAGCCAGAAAAGUUUCCACGUCUGUGUUUAAAGAUGGUAAUAUGUUUGUGCUUCAUUUCUUGGAACCUAUCGAUGAGAUUCUGACAAAAGAAGAGCUGGAGGGUUUAGAAGAAAAGGAUGAUUUGCGGAUAGAUAAGAAUGAGAAAGAAGAAUAUAAGAACGAUGAGCUGGAAAAAAGCGAAAUUGAAGCUUCUGAGAAAGAACAACAAAAAAUCCCAAAGGGUCCAAAACCGUUUUGUGAUUUCAGCUCCUUUGUGGCCGAGCUCAGUGACGGUAUGGUUUUAGCACUCAGUGGUUAUGGCCCGUCAGGUUCCUUUAAAGAGAAAGAGUCAAAGGAAUCAGAAGAAACAGUGACAGGAUAUUUAAAGGCAGAUACAGUUAUGCCCCCCCAGCCUACGCCCAGUCCACAACCCAAAGCAGGAUCUCCAAAAGCGCGGAAGAGAGCAGAAGAAGAGGCUAAAAGAAUGGAAGAAAUACAACAGCAGCAGGAAGAGGAAAGACUCCGAUUGGAGGAAGAAGGUAGACAAUUCUCCAUACGAAGUUAAAUACUGUAAAAUAACUCUAGUCAGCUAAUUCAGAUUUUUAUUUAUUAUUUUAGCGCGACGAAAGGCGGAGGAAGAGAAGCUAAGAAAACCAUUUCAACACGUGUUUAUCACAUGUCCUGACGGUCAGCAUGUACAGUACUUAAACGAUGACUGUUAUAAGAGUUCAAGUAGUAAGGGAGGAGUGGUUGUGAGACAGAGCUAUCCCAUCAGGCCUCUUGGGUCUGUCAAAGAAAAACCAGCAUCAGAAGAAAUCUCUCGCACCAUUAUGACUGAUGGUACAGUUAUUAGAGUGAGUCUGAGUUUGUUUCUUCACAAUCUUCCUCGUUUUUUUUGUGUUGAUAUCAUUUUCAAAUUUUAUUCGGUUGAUAUUCGAGUUAACAUGAGAAGAGCGAUUUGGAGAGGGUUCAACUUUGUUCAGAUAAUCGGCUCGACAAAUCACAUAUAUAUUAAGAACCUUAAAUUUAGCUUUGUAAUUUGAAUAAGUUCAGUUUAAUGGUCUUGUACUAACAUUAUAAAAAUACUCUUUCUCGGACCGUCCACUGACUCUUUCGUUUGAUUAUAUAUGCAGCUACUUACCGAUGGGAGCGUUCAAGUGCUAUUUCCGGAUGGUGCAAUAAGCAAUUGUGAAUCUUACCCUAUGAAAAAGGCCCCUUCUAGUAGCAAGCCAGGCAGUGCUGUAGCCAGACAGGACCCAUCGAUUACAGCAGCUAAGAGAAGCGUUCGUGGGCCAGGAACAAAUCCAAAACCAUUGGAGGAGCCUUUGGUGCCAGCGAUCUCGCUCCCUGAUAAAGUACCUGUAUGGUCUAGUACAGGUGUGGAUGGGAGUAAAGUGCUGAGUCUGCCUGAAGGAGGCUAUAAGACUGUUAAUGGACUGCACUGUUCCACAGCCACGUGUCCUCAAAGCGGACAGGUAAGUACAAAUGAUCGAGAGGGGUUAGGGGCUGGUGAGGAAUGAAAGUAAACCGGUGUUAUUAAGUAAUUUUAAUUGUGUCCAUACACCAAAUCUCAUUUCCUAAAUUUUUUUAUCUUUCGAUAUGUCGUUUUUUGAUGAAACAAUUAUUGUGAAUUUGUUUAUAUGUUUAUUAAAUAAUCCAAAGAACCAUUCCCUGUUGAUCAUUACCUGACGUCAUUAAUCCCUAAGCGUCACCUUCUCCAGUCUCCAACAAUCCUAAUCAUACUAUGGCAACAAAUCUUUCCAAUGUUUGUCCCGGUAGAUCAUUAUGGAGAUAACUCUAGCACAAUGUAGGGAGGUUCUUUAAUAUUGACGGAAUUCCUUUUUUUACAUUACGAUUUAUUCAACUUCUCUAUAGCCGCCAUGUGCCUGUCAAGUGCUUGUGGGGUAGGAUCCAUUCCUUAGCGCGAACUUUAGAGUAAACGGUGAAACAAAACACGCAUUUCUUUAAAUAAAAUUGUAUUUUUUAGGUACUGAAAACGCGCGAGGAUAAUGUUGUCAUAAUUGAGCGUCUGGAUGGGACACGAAUUGUGGAACACGCGGACGGAACACGUUUGACGACAUUCUAUAAAAAGGUUGAACAAGAUAUUCACAUCCCUGACAAUGAGGCGGGAGAACAGGGUGUCUACUCUGACGUCACCAAAAUGUUCGUGAAGGUAGAAUGCAUAGGAUUCCCUACCCUAGUUUUUGAUCGUGAUCUGGGUUCGUGCGAAACUAUAUUUGGGAAUGGCACAAAAGUUGAUACACAAGCAGAUGGCGUGUGUAUUAUGUACAGACCUGAUGGGAGUCAGUUGCACAUAGAAGCAAAAGGUGAGACUCUAAGAGUAUCUUAAGUGGUAGUUAGGGUUAGGGUUAGGUUUAUCACUGUUUUUUUAGAAUAAGGACGAAUAAAAAAUGUGGAAAUUACGCCAAGCGGAUGACCAUGACAAUUCUGAAGAUACUACUGUUGGUCUUUCACCAAUAUUUACAUUAGAAGACAAAGACUGGAUUUAGAAUGUGUUCCUGACACUUUAGGGUAAAUUGUCGGGUCGUAUGCACCUUUUUCAGGUAUUGUGUCCUACUAUGGCCGUGACACGCAAAAUUUAAACAAAGAUUACGGGAACGCCAAGGCACCGACGGGGGUUUAUGUCAUGCGCACUGCCAAUCAACUCUGUUUUGAAAUGACGGAUGGGAGAGGGACACACUUUACUGUCUUGUCAAACGGUCGCAUUACAGUUGACAAGGAGGAAACUGAAUCCACAUACCAAGAUAUGGUUGCGAAGCCAGAUUAUGCGUCAAAUGAGAAGAAGGAGCGUUUAGAACCAGGGCCCUUAGAGACAGCACCUGUAAGUCCCAUAGUACCUCGUUUUUUUGUAAUCCAUGCCGAUGGGUCAGGCUCUGAGCUUUUGCGCAGUGUUGACGUGCAGGACUUCUUGAAACAAGCCGAGGAUGACCCAUUAACAGCUGUUUUAAGGAGCCCCUUGGAAGGACAUGCCGACGUAACGGGGAUCACUAUCAUGAAGCCUUAUUCCGGUAAGCGACUACCUAGUUGAUUCAGCAUGAUUUAUUAUACUACUGGUAUUAAAAACCAACAAACUGGUAUAGCAGAAUAUUGUUAAAGCUUAGAAAAGGAACAAGGGAAUCAUCGCUCUGUCAGUAAAGUGUGAAAGCGAUAGUUAUUUGAAAAAAUUCCAAUAACAACUAUUGUGUGUCAUUAAUCAAAAUGUAAUAUCAUAACGGCAGUAACAAUCAAUAUCUAAUGUAACAACAGCAGUAAUUAAUACUGUAGGUGACUUAAGCUCAUUUAUCUAACCCUAACUCUAACCCUAACCCUAACCUUAACCCUAACCCAACACUCGACGAGUUCACAGUCUGCAUGUCCUCCAAGCAGUGUUUCGAUUGAAAUGCAGGUGGAACUGGGAAGAUCUGGUUGAAAGAAAAAGAUGAGGGGCUCAUCAUUCCACCAGGGCUUAGAGAGAGGGACUUCAAAAUGAUGUCUUCGAGAGAAGUUGAAAAGCCAGGACCUGUAUUUGGCACUAAUGCUGGUAGGAACUCUGUCUGAAGGCGUUUUUUUUGGGAGUUUCGUUCGGUUUUUCUGAUCAUAUUUUCCUCUGAUACCAGAUGUUCCACCGAAUUGGAUACGUUUGUCUUUCAAUACCCUUAGGUAGCGGCCUUAGCGUUGGCUCCCGUGUGAAACCGACUCUCCUUCCUAAUGUCACUUGUCCACGGGUUCUAGAGUUCCGUCAACUUAUUCAGUAUAAGCCGUUGACUCUGGACCAAAGACAGCAGAUGGUGAAGGCCAUACAAGCUUAUAGCGAUUACCUGGAAAAGAGACAAACAGGAUUGGACUACUUACUGCCAAGAGACCCAAGAAAUGAGAGUGAGAAGAUGGUUGCCGAGGAACUGGAAGAUAAAGUGAGAGAAUAUCUCAACUGUUGUGGUUACUUUUCUGGUGGCUUCUUUGAAAUUUCUCGCACUGAUUUUACUCAAGUAUUUAAAAAGAAAAGAAACGGAGAAUGCAGUCGUUCACGUUUGUCGAUAGGAACUCUAUUCAUCUCAGGCUUUUUACAAUAUUACGAUGAUUGACGUUUUGAUUUUAGGUAAGGUUCCAUGAAAGCGCAGAUUAUAAAGUUAAGGCUCAUGGGAAACAAGGUAAAUAAGCAAGUGGUCUACAGUCUUAGUAAUGAAGUGUUUCUAUUUUUAUUGUAAUUGGUGUAUUUUUUUUUCGUGAGCAAACCACAAAUUGGUUGGGACACUGCCAAGUGUAAAAAGGACUAAAUAUUUUCAACAACUGAUACCGUAUCAGGCCUUAGUUGACAAUCGUUAGCAGGUACCAACACCAUAAGAUAUGUUACUUGCAAGGUCAAAAAAAUUUGAGGGCCGACUUGAAACAGAAGGACAUUAACAGCUUGUUGACAGAUUCAAAAUGAUCUAUCUUUAUCCACAUAUACACUUAUCCUCCCCGUUGCGAGGACUCUCUGUACCCUGAUCAUUAUAGUAGUAUUAUACCGUCUUAAAGGAUUAUUUGAGCUUAUUUUCACCUUUUUCAUCCUAUUUAAUAGGAAUAUUGUUGGAAGAUGAAAUACUAAACACAGCUGAAGCAUUCUCUGGUGGGUAGGGCUCUAAUGAUGAAAGAAAUCUUUUUGUAUAACCACUUAGCAACCUUUUGUUUAAUUUAUUUACUAACAACAUCAUUGUGAAACAACUAGGAAUGAUCUGCUUUAGCUUACUUAUCGUGUCGUGUUUUUUUGGGGCAGAUUCAUUAAAAUGUUUUCAGACAGGAAAAGUGUCAGCGGACCUAUUGAUUUUUCAUAUGAUAUUAUCAGUUUUUGAGCUGUCCUUAACCAUUUUGUAAUGUAGGCAAGACGAAAAAUCGGGAUAUCAGCCACGCAUAUGUCGACGAAAUAACUCCAGACCCAGUCCUACCUCCUCCACCCCCAAAAUGGAAAAGAUCUUUGUCAGAGUGGGAGCGGGAUCAAAUAGAACUGGCCGAGCUGGAUUAUGGGAAACAUGCCUUAAGAUACAAAGAAGUUCCUCCCUAUUUCGAAACGAGAUCAGGUAUGAAGCUAUCAACAAGUUAAUAAAUGCAGAGAAAAUAGGGUCAAUAUCAGCUUGUGAAAAGAUUUCAAUUGUAGCGUUAAUAGAAGUGUCUUUAUGUCAGGGCAAGAGUUUCUGAAAGGUAUUCACAGCCCAAAGGUCCCGGAUAUGGAAGCGUUAACUUCAGAAUUAGCAAAUCAAACACGUCAUCCACCCCCUGGAGAAAGUAGCCCCGCUGAAACACCAGAAAUUGUUGUACACGAGGAAAGCGCUACGUCUGACUGCACAGGUAUGAUGUAUUCGAUUAUCUCUCCACCGUUGUAGUUUAUUUGCUUUCCUUUGUUUACUUCGGAUUUUUGUACAAGUCUGUACUUUUCAAAUGUACUUGGAAUUGUUGCACAUGUAAUUUUAUGUAAACUGUUUUCUAUUUUGUUCUUUUGGUUGAAGUUGACCCAUUAUUAUCCCUGAUUCUUACAACAGGUGAAGGAAGCAAAAUUGCUCCUAGCCCUGAUGUUGUUCUCCCUGCAACAAGUGGAGAGCUUUCCUCGCAUCCAGCGGGAGAACCAAGUGCCACGCCAAACGGCAUAAGACCCACUAACCCCACUCCUGCGCACGCUACUGGUAACGGCACCCCCACCCCUGUCCGUCCAACUAAUCCUACUCCUUCACAGGCCUUCACGACCGCUAAUCCUCGUCCUAGUAAUCCAACACCUCGCCAGGCUUCUGAGCCUCUUUCCCAAGAUUCCCCCCUCCAGGGGGACUCCCCACAGUGGAGAAACAAUUUAGAGUCUGUUCAGGAGGUGGAUGUUCCGUCGUCGCAGGAGGAGAGAUUGGAAGGACCCAUCGAACCAGAGGACGCAGAUGGCUAUGAAAACGGUCCAGUGUUUUCAGGUGAGGUGCUAUUGCAACGGUUCAUCAUGUUAUGCUAUGCAAUGCUAUGCAGUGCUCUGCUGUGCUACUCUAUACGGUGAACUGUUGUGUUCUGUUACCUGCGUGAUGUGAAUUCUGUUAAUUAUGUAUGUGUCAUGUCAGGUCUUGUUAUGAAUCCAGUAACUUACAUAGUUUGCUUUGUUUUCUCCUAAAUUACUUUUUAAAAUCGGAUUAUGAACGUUAUUUGAAUGGUUCAAUUUUCUCUUAACAGUUGAAAUGCCGCACAUCAGUCCCAGAAGUUUGUACUUCGAUGUUACCGGAGAAACCAGGAAAGCUAAAGUUAAACUUCCCAGCUGUAUAAAGGGUUCUAAACCUGGAGCUCUUCCCAACAGCCAGGUGUGUUACUGCAAUUGACACCUGUUGUACAAAUUUGAAUUAAUCAACCCGUAGCCAAAGUGUUCUCUUUUCCGUAAACCAUGGGGUUACUUAAACCAAACAUUAGUGAAGUGAGAGCGGUGCGUUGUUGGAAUUUGCGGUUUGUUGUAACUUCCUAGCACCUUACGGGGAGAGUGAGAAAGGUUCUAUUUCUCGUUUCUUCACGAUCAUAAUUUACUGUACACUACUUGAAGUUAACCCAGUCUCUAUUCAUUGUGAUGUUAAGUUCUGAUCAUCAUCUGUUAUUUGUUUAAACAAAUUUUAGUUCUACGAAAUUGAGGACCCCGUGCGCCGUCGUGUACACACAGUGUCUGUGACGGGUGGUGAUCAGCAGAAAAUCGAGAAUCUUCGAGGCUUUGAGUUGCUGCCGCCACAGGUGUCUUUUGGGGUGCUAAAGGAAGGCUGCACUUAUGUUCAUAGUGUACUACUGAAAAAUGUCGGCAUUGAUAGCUGUCGGUACAAGAUAAAGCAGCCACCACCAUCGACUGGCUUGCGUAUUCUUUAUCAACCUGGACCUGUAAGCCUUGUUUCUUUUAUCGUGUUAUUAAUCUACUGUCAGAAACCCAACAUAUGUUAUCAUGUUCCGCUUAUUUUUGAAGGUGGCGGCGGGUAUGAACUCUGUUCUGGAUGUGGAGAUUUUUGCUGUGGCAGUAGGCGUGGUCGGAGAUAGUGGUUUAGGUCACGUGGGACAUCAUGUGGAAAUAGUUACAGAGACCGACAUACUUUAUCUUCCUGUUACAGCAAAUAUCCUUUUUAAUCAAACCCGUGUUUAUUAAGAAAUAAGGUCAGUUGAGAUGAAUGCUUAAGUGAACAAGGCUUGGUGUGACAUCUUGCCACUCCUAGUAAAGUUCACCUUCCUUUCAAAGCUAGGUAUUGUCGAAAUCGACUGUUUUAGUAAUCUUAAUUUGAUGAUAUUUACUAUUAGGGUCUUUCCUUGACUAGUGCUACCCAUCAUGACUGUGUACGAGUAUGAAAUCCGCUAUGGUGACACCGAGGAGGGCCUGGUGCAAGGAACGCAUCGCGUACCCAACAGGCCGCCAUCCAGAGACCCCACUCGGCCCCGUAAAGAAGGAGACUACGCUGUGAUAAAUACGUCUGUUUGAUACAUAGUUAAUGCUUCUGAAUCACGAGUGCUUAUGGAGUGUUAUCCCUUGUUUUCGUUAUCUUUUUUUUAAGGAGUUGUUCACUUAGUUCAGUGUUUCCUGCUUGUACAAAUGUAAUAGAAUUGUCUCAUAUAUUUAUAUGAAUUUGUAUGUUUUUCUGUCGUUUGGCUUAGCUUCGUACUUACAGGUUAGUAAACAAGUUUACAGCAAGAGAUGGGAGUUGCUGAUGUAUAUUACAUCUGCAAAUUAGUUGUGGUUAUUACAGUGUUCAGUGUUCUUCAUCUACCUGGAUAGUUAUGUUUGAUCCCUUAAGUUGGCCUGGCCAGCCAAUCCCCUCCACGCCCCCAGUCUUUAUGGGCAACUUGGUGCGAGUGGAUCGCUAAAACUUCAGACUAACCAAGAACGUACCCUUAAUUGAAUAUGAAAGCGACCUUCGCAGUAAUGAAUACUACUUGAGCAGUAGUGAAAAUAAGGCCUGAAAAAAGUUCAGCCCUGUACAGGAUUCGAACCCAUGACCUAUGCUAUACCGGUGUAGUGCCCUACCACCUGAGCUAACAGGCCAACUGGGAGCUGGUCACUAUGUUGGUUCGUGAUAAACCCUGAAGUGGUGAAUAAAUGAUUGUGAAUAUAUGAAAAUCAUAUACGUGAACUGCGGGUUAAGAAAUGGAUAUGUAAGCGAUCUUCGUAGCAAUGAACACUACCUAAACUGGGAGCUGGUCAUCAUUUUGGUUCGUAAUAAACAUAGAUGUUACAUAUAUGAUUUUCAGUUGGCUUAGUUGGUAGGCACUGCACUGGUAUCGCAGAGGUCAUGGGUUCGAAUUCCGUACAGGCCUGAUUUUUUUUCCAGGCCUUAAUUUCCCUACUGCUUAAGUAGUGUUUAUUACUGGGCAGAUCGCUUUCAUAUUCAUGUCGUUAUCCACAGUUCACAUAAAUGAUUUUUAUAUAUUCACAGUCAUUUAUGUACCCUCGGGUCGCUCCGUGGAGUUAGUUUGUUGCCAGGACUUAGUUCUUGAAUGGAUGAACUUUUAUCUUAACGAGUCUUGUAAUUUUCGAUGGAUAAAGAAAGGAAAUGCCAAGUUAAGGGUCAGAGUAUAAUCCUUGCGGAAGUUGAAUCAGUUGAUGGGUCUUCCUUUAACUUACACCGGGUAUUAACGAGCGAGUUAUUGUUAAGGUGGACAUUAUUGUUAGAAUUUAUUCACCAUGAGUGUUUCUUAGAUGGAAGACAAAUGUCAGAAGCAGGGUAUGUUACACUGUAAUGUGGUCCCAUGUGGUACACUAUGAGAGCGGGG